CCCAAAUAGUUGUAUAAAAAGACAUGACUCAUUCGUAUUAGGAUUGUCAGGAAGGAGAUGAAUAGGCAGCAAAAUAAGAGAAUAGAUUGAGGACAAGCAUAUUAAAGUCACAUUUGAGUGACAAAUUAUUCAGUGUAGUCACUCAAAGAUUCAGAAAAAUCUGUUUUUCAAAUUUUAGAUGAUGAAUCCUCUUCUGAUUAUUUGUGCCCAUGUCUUUUCAACAGCAUGGAUUGGCUUUCACUGCCAGGCCUGCCAAGGAGCUCUGCCCCAGGAAGUGGUGCUGGACUGGUUAAAGAGACGCAUUUUGGAAGGACUACAGGUUGAAAAGCCCCCUGUGCUGAAUCUACAGAGUUCACCUGAUCUGAGGGUGCAUGUGGCAGCCCAGCAUGGAGCUUGGCGAGGACGCAGGGAGGCUCGGCUGGAGAGGAUACAGCAUCAGGAGAUUUCCCAAGUCAUUCUGUUUCCCAGCUCUGACAGCACUUGUCUGGACAUGUCACAAGCCUCAGUCGCUUCCGAGGACUCACCCAGCCAGUAUACCUACUACUUCCAGCCAUCUCUGGACAGUCAAGAGUCUAUCGCCUCGGUGGACUUCUGGUUCUAUGCAGGUGAGGCCAUCGCAAUAAAUACCACAUCUGUUUCACUUUACGUUCUCACAACACACCAGGAACUAAUACAGUUAGCCCAAGGGCCAUCUAAAUGCAGCCCGGAUGGCUGGAGCACCUACAGGCUUGAGCGGCACUUCCACAAUGUCAUAGCCAAUGGACCAUUCCUGCUUCAGGUGCGAUGUCGAGUAUGUAGCUGCUACAUUUUAGAAGAGGACAAAACACCUUUCCUGCAUGUACAUGUCAGGACACAUGAGCCUGUGCGUGCCCGUAGAGCAGCCAACAUUGCCUGGUCACCAGCAGUCAUUGAGAAGCUGCAGAGGCCCUCGCCUGAAAAAGAUGACACGUAUUGUCGAAGGGAGCAGAUUGAGAUCUCUUUUGAGGAGCUUGGCUGGGACAACUGGAUUGUCCACCCAAAGACUUUCAGUUUUUAUUACUGCUAUGGAAAUUGCUCAAACCCUGAGUUCACAGCCACACUUCUGGGAAUGCACCAGUGCUGUGCACCUGUGCCUGAGAGCAUGAAGUCACUGCGCUUUACCACCACCUCUGAUGGAGGCUUCUCAUUUAAAUAUGAGACACUGCCCAAUAUCAUACCUGAGGAGUGCAACUGCAUUUGAUGCUUUUGUUCAGGUUAAUGAAGCAAAAGCUUGUAAUACAGAUGCAUUUGUAUAAAAAGGUUUGAUGCAAAUGGGCCUCCAAGUAGAAUUUAAAUGUAUAGUUUAAAAACCUGCUUUUGAUCAGCCUGUAUUUUUACUAUAGUUAAAUGCACCUGUGAGAAAAAGGUUUUAGUUUCAGGUUGUCAUUAAAUGAUUUAAAAAUGUUGUUGCUUUUUCUGUACUUAUCAAUCAUAACUAGCUUUGGUUAAAAUAAAGGGCUACAAAAUCGUGCAAUGCAUUGUAAUUAUCUACGAUACUGAAAAUGUUUUAUACUGUACUUUAUAAAUAAAUAAAUAAAUAAAUAAAAAUAAUUUUA